AUGUUGAUUUCUCACACUGAAUAUAUUCGAUUUGUUCCUAACCCUGCUUAUUGCAAUAUUCCUCGAAUUGAUGCUGUUCAACCUAAGCUGACAUUUUUUUGGCGGGAUGAGAUCCAAAUGAAAAACAUACUGACAUCACAUGUAAGCGUGUUUGUUUUCUGCUUCAACCAUGUGGAAGCUUUUGAUGUUUCAUCGUCGGAAUUGACUGUGCAAUUUGCUGUUAAUCUAACCGAUGACAUUGCAGCUGGCUGGAUUGAGUAUGAAGCUUUAGUUCCUAAUUUACGUGUGGCACAAUCAUUUAUUGAAACAGUACAAGAUGCUCUUAACUCAGUAAUUGGAGGCAUUAUGUCACACAAGAUGGAAAACCUCCAGCCAGGCACAAGGUAUACUCCAAAAGUGAAGUUAUUUGCUUCUAAUGGUAGUCUCAUUUUGGAAGAAAUUGGUCUUGUAGUAACAACGGUCGAAGCAGUCCCAGACUUUGUAAGGAAUGUUCAAGUGGUCCAAACAGUAAACACUUCCACUGUUAUAAUUUUAUGGGAACCGCCUCGACCUUUGCUGCGCGGUGGAAACAUUCAAUAUUACACUGUUGUUAUCGACGGGAGACAAGGAAAGUUUGUUCCUAGUGAAUUUUCAAAGAAAGACAAUGUAAAUGAUGAUGACGAUGGAUUUGUUGUGUACUCUACAAAUGUGACUAUUAGUAGUCUUGAAUCUGGCAGCUGGUAUGCUAUACGAGUGAGAGCUUCUACAGCAGCUGGAAGUGGCCCUUUCUCUCAGCCAUUUUUAUUUCAAAUGAAAGAGAGUCAAGUGCCUGGCUCUCCUUCAUUUGUAAAGAUGUUUCAAGUGGGUCCUCGAGUUAUAGCAGCUCGCUGGGAUUACCCACACAAUCCAAGAGGGAACAUAAAUGGAUUUCUUGUCACAUUGAAUUUAUAUCCAAAGAGUGAGUUUGAAGGGCCUGAGUAUCCACCACCCUUCAAUUCAUCAUUUGUUUCUCCGGUUGAUCGCUACCAUGUUCUUCAAUUUCCUUUUGGUCGUCACUAUGGUCAUGUUGCUGUACAAGCCAGGAACAGCAAGGGCUUGGGAAGGGAAUCUGUUAGUGGAGAUAUGAGUUUCGAAGCUGUGAAAUCUCCUAAGCUGCUAAUCAGUAUUAUCAAUGUGAGUGCAUAUACAGCUAACAUUAGUUGGCUCAACACAUCAGAUGUUGCAUCAGAUUUCCACAUUUUGUUGUUCCCUGAUGAAGAUUGUAGAAGGAAAAGUUCAAGUGAGACCAUUCAAGUUGCUGGAAACAGUUUCUCAUAUUACUUUGACAGACUUCGUCCUUUUACAUUUUACACUAUCUGUAUUUGGUUUAUGCCACACAACCUUGAUGAUGCUGAUAUUGCUUUUUUUGUCACCAACCAGUCUACACCUGGUGUCAUGUCUGAUGUACACGAUGGAUCACUCUUGUUGUCAGAUAUUGCAAAGACUGACACUAUACUUCUGAAGUGGCAGCCAGUGACUAAGUCUAAUGGUGUAAUUGGCUACAAGGUCAUUCAAGAAGACAAUGGUCAAAGACAGAGCUGGAAUCAGUACUUAAAUCCAAAUCAGCUGCCACCACCAACUGAUUCUUACUAUAGGUGGACAUUGUUUGGAUUAGAAAGUGACAGAGACUACAUAUUUACUGUCAGACCAUAUAACCUGCUGGAUAAUUCAACUGGUCUGGAGAAGAGGGUGUAUGCAUCAACUGCAGUUGGAAGACCAGAACCACCAACUAAUAUAGUUUUCAUUAAUGCUACUGAAACUUCUCUGACUUUUACAUGGAUGGCAGGCUACCUCGAUAUUUGA